UUGGCAAAUCCAACAGUGAAAGUGGGAUCACACCAUUAAUGAAAGAACGCCUAAAGCAAGAGGUGGGGCAGCUGAAAGAGCAAGCGCGGUUUUCCUCAAUUAUUGUGGAUGAAAUGGCUAUAAGCUCCAAAUACAUCUACGAUCGUAAAAUGGACUGCUUUUUUGGUCAGCAAACUGUGAGAGAAGACGCUGGGACAGGAGAGAAUGUAAACAACAUCGUGCUUGCCAACAAGGUGCUGUGUUUCGUUGCAACAGGCCUGUCCACGUCGUACAAAAUUCCUUGUGGCUUUUUCUUCACUAACCGAUUAAGUGGCAAGCUCCUGUAUCAGCUGACAAAAGAAGUGAUCGCUGAAGUUGAAAAGUGUGGCCUCUACGUCGUCCGGAUCGUCACGGAUAACCACAAGAUUAAUGUCACAAUGAUGCGCCACCUGGGCAAUGGCUCCCUCAAGCCAGUGGUCAGUCAUCCAUGUGAUCCAGAAAGAAGCCUAUUCUUGUCCUUUGACCAGUGUCAUAUUAUAAAAAACGUGCGAAGCCUUCUUCUGGACGGGGAAAUGACAGAUGGCAGUCAGCCAAUAACUGGAGAGUUUGUGAAGCAGCUCUAUGUCCUUCAAAAAAACGAGAUUGUGAAACCAGUUCGAUUCCUGACACAGAAACACAUAGAGCCAACUAAUUUUGAGAAGAUGCAUGUGGGCAGAGCAGUGCAGCUGUUUUCCGAUGAAGUUAUCUCGGCGCUUUCCUUUUUGAAAGAAUACCCCAGUUACCACCCUCAGGCAGAACAGUUCAGGAACGCAGACGCAACAAUAUUGUUUAUGAAGAUGAUGCAGAAGUGGUUUUCCAUCCACAAUGUGGCCAACCGAACAGCACAUGUGCAUAUGAGAAAGCCUGACCAAAUGCACUUUUUUUGCGCUACCGACGAACGCCUACAAUGGCUUGAGAAGGAGUUCCCAGACUACCUCGAAACUCUCUACAAUGCCUGUAAAAGGAGCGGGAAAAAGUUUCUUAGUGCUGAAACCUACGAAGCUAUCUUGCUGACAAGCAAAUCUACGGUACUAUGCAUUAAGUACCUUCUCGAGAGCGGCUUCUUUUAUGUUUUAACAAGGAACUUCUCGAGCGACCCCGUCGAGCUCCUCUUCAGUUCUUUGCGGCAAAUGGCUGGCGGCAACGACUGUCUCGAUGCAAGAGCCGUGACAUUUAGCCUGGAGAGGAUCUUGCGGACUGGCAGCCUGUGCCCAUCCCAAGCUUCAAACGUUGAAAACGGACAGACUGUUUUGAGUAUGCAUGGUGCCUCCCUGAAUGUGACGUCCUCCGAAUUUGAUGUUCCGGCUGAAGCAAAAGCACAGGCAACCACGCAUGAUUCGACCGAGACAGCGCAAGUUGCCCCAGCCAGGUUCACGGGCACUGAAGAUUUUGUGAUGCACAUUGACGAGCUCUUCACAUCCCUGAAAGCGAUGCCUCUGCAGCGGCCCCCAUCAACCAUAGCAAAUGCCAGCAUCGCUUAUAUAGCAGGGUUCGUGGCGAGAGCAGUUGAGGAGCGGAGAACAUGCAGCUUCUGCCCUCCCCUCCACCAGUCGGAUGGACCCAGCCCCGUGCUGAUGGGGCUUAUUGACCUGCAAUCAAGGGGUGGGCUAACCUUCCCAAGGUCAGAAUUUGUCACGGUCCUUGUGACCGUUAAGAAGGCUGUUGACAUUGCCCUGCCGCACAUAAAAAAGAGCAACGUGCGUCAGCAGCUGGCUGAACUGUUAUUGCCUCGACUAGAGCAGUGCCCCCUUUUCGUUUGCCCAGCAAGGGAGGACCACGCCUCAAGCACACUAUCUGUAGUGUUUGAUAAGUUCAUGAGGCCACUCCUCGCCAACGUCGGCGCUACUGUGACAGACAGGGCUGCUUACCGCAAGAAGCUGGCCUGCAAGCCACUGCACAGGAAAGUGCUCCGUGUUUAA